CACGUGCCGAGGGCGUUGGAGGCGGCGGGGCGGGCGGGUGUCAUGGCGGUGAACUACAGCGCCAAGGAGGAGGCGGACGGGCACCCUGCGGCCGGCGGCGGGGCGCCGGGGGGCAGCGGGGCGCCGGGGGCAGGCGGAGGAGGGGGAGGAGGAGGCGGCGGCGGGGCGGUGAAGAGCCGCAAGCCGGACAACACGGCGUUCAAGCAGCAGCGCCUGCCCGCUUGGCAGCCCAUCCUGACGGCGGGCACCGUGCUGCCGGCCUUCUUCGUCAUCGGGCUCAUCUUCAUCCCCAUCGGCAUCGGCAUCUUCGUCACCUCCAACAACAUCCGCGAGUACGAGAUUGAUUAUACAGGAACAGACCCUUCCAGUCCCUGCAACAAAUGUUUAAAUGUUUCCUGGGAUAGCACACUGCCUUGUACUUGCACCAUCAAUUUUACCCUGGAACAUUCAUUUGAGAGUAAUGUGUUCAUGUAUUAUGGACUCUCCAACUUCUACCAAAAUCAUCGUCGCUAUGUGAAAUCUCGAGAUGACAGCCAACUAAAUGGAGAUAACAGUUCACUACUUAAUCCAAGUAAGGAAUGUGAGCCUUACCGCACGAAUGAGGACAAACCCAUUGCUCCCUGUGGGGCUAUUGCCAACAGUAUGUUCAAUGAUACCUUGGAAUUAUACCGCAUUGAUAAUGACACAAGGACUCCUAUUACCUUAAUUAAAAAAGGCAUUGCAUGGUGGACAGAUAAAAAUGUAAAGUUCAGGAAUCCUACAGGAGAUGGGAAUAACUUAACUGCACUUUUCCAAGGCACCACGAAGCCUGUAAACUGGCCCAAGCCAGUGUAUAUGCUGGACUCAGAGCUUGACAACAAUGGCUUUAUCAAUGAAGACUUUAUUGUGUGGAUGCGUACUGCUGCUCUGCCAACUUUUCGCAAGCUGUAUCGUCUCAUUGAAAGGAAGAAUAACUUACAGCCUACCUUGCAGGCUGGAAAAUACUCUUUGGAAAUCACAUACAAUUAUCCUGUAUACAGUUUUGAUGGACGGAAAAGGAUGAUCCUAAGCACCAUCUCAUGGAUGGGAGGCAAAAACCCCUUUCUGGGAAUUGCGUACAUCACUGUUGGGUCCAUAUGUUUCUUCUUAGGAGUUGUAUUGCUGAUCAUCCAUCACAAAUACGGAAAUAGAAACACUAGUGCAGACAUUCCCAAUUAAUCUUGCAUUCUGAAAGCAAAUGUACUGCAUGUGCAUCAAGGCCAGUCCAGAAUGGGCCCAGUUUUUGAAAGGCAAAUCUCUGUUAAUCUCACUUUAGAGACUGGGUACAUAAUUUUUAUCUAAAGCCCCCUUUCCCCUUGCUGUGGAUUAACUCUUGAAAAUGACGGGUAUACAAUUAGCUCUAUUGAUUAUAUCUAUGCCUUUGUCAGAAACAAUUUUCUGAUAUUUGCCUCUAACUGGGCAGGCCACUUGAUGCACAUUGCUCUGGUUCCUUUGAUGCAUCUGCUGCUUGUUCAUGUGCUGUGUAAUGUCAGGAUGAUUCAGUACAUACGGACUGUGUGGAGAGAGACUGUAAGAUACCUUUUAAAUUGCGAACUUAGCAGAUUUCAGGUGUCAGUGCUGUUGAAAAGAAAAGUCAAGUCUUAAAUGUUUUUUCAACUUACUGUCUUGUGUGCAUGGACUCUUAUAUUUCUGGCUGAAAUUUUAAUAUAUUUAUAUAAGUUAAAUAUUUUUCCUGGGUCCUACCCACCUCUGUUAUGUUAAAUCCUUGAAGUGCAGUGUGAAUUACACUUGGAAUUCCUUUUAUAUUUGCAACAAAUGUGCCUGGCCAGUAAACUAGCAUCCUAUGAAGGUAUCAGAAAGCCUAUUUGUUAAUUAUCUGUGUGAGUCCCUCUUAAAUUUUGUUCUAAACAGGGAAAUGUUUGUUGCAGGUAGAACCUGCUUUUUUUUUGGCAGUUUGCUUUGCUUUGUUGUACCAAAUACUAUUUUACCUAUUGUGCUUGCUGGUUUUGCUUUGUAAGAGCAGCUCCAAGCAUUAAUCAAGAUGAACCUAAAAUGUGUUUUCUGUUCACAAAUUUGGGUUAAUUCCUUUCACUGAAGGAGUUCCCUAAUUUUCUUGAAGUACGUGUAUUCUGAGCUGAGCAGGCUUUGUUGUAAAGGAAAUGUUUUGUUGUUUGGAGUAAAUGCCACAAAUUCUUGCAGUGUUGAGAUACUAAACUAGGAAUUCAAAAGUUGAGAUGACAGUAACCUCUGUUAUUCAAAUGCAGGUUGAGCUUGCUGUGAAAUGUCAUUUAAAUAUUGCAGUUAGAAGCGAUAUGCAGGUUAGUAUCUUAAAUCGAACUCCAGAAAGGUUCACUUUUAGGUAAAUUCAAAGCUAAUGGUAAUAUGUAAAAUAUUACUUUUUUUUAGGAUGAUGCACAGAAAUUGUAAUGUAUAUGGUGGAGAUCACAUUAUAUGCAACUAGCUUGAUAAAGUAUUGAGUAUAUUAUAAAGACCUAAUAAAUUCUGCAAACCAUUUA